AUGACGGACAGUAAUAUUAUUAUGUUGGAAAUAUUCUUGAUGACGUCUUUGUUGGCUGUUUCCAGUCAAUCAAAUAUUCAGUCUCAGCUAUGGGUUGAAAAAAUUUUGUCAGACGCUUUGGACGAAUACACACCUGAUGGAGGGACAGUGUGCAAACGUCAUGGACUGGAGUAUCGAGAAGGAUUGAGAGACUUUAAACUGUGGGCGACCCAAAUGUAUGACGCAUCAUCUAAAUUUCCUACGAGGAUCUUAGCUGGGAGAUCUCUUGACUUUGGAAAUUUCGAUGGAUGUUUAAAAACUGUUACUACCGGGUUGAAAUUAAGUCCUCAAUAUUGUAUUAUAAGUAUUCGUUUCUUACCUACUGCAAAAUUGUAUCCGAAUUAUUACAACAUAACACCUAAUCUAAAUCCAACAGACUCUAUGCGGGAAUCUACAAAGAAUAAUUCCAGUUUGAUAAAAAUACAAUAUAACGAAAUCAAUACAGCACUCUGUAUACCUUCAUCAUGUUCACAUUCAGAUAUACAGACAACAUUAUCACCUAAAAUAAUUUCUACAUUUCAUAAACAUCAACUUACGACCACUGUUACUGUGGAUUCACUUUAUUGUACUACUCAACAGGAACUCCAACCUCCUAAGUUAUUGGGAUAUCGAAUAUUUUGGUAA